AUGACAGAAGGCACCCGUUUGAACGAUCUUCAGGAAGACUUCACUUCUUUAAAGAAGUCUACCGAAUCUCAACUGAGCACUUUCGGUGUGGAGCUCCUCGCCAUACGCAAGCAAAUGGACAUUAUGAUGCAACAAUUCUCUUCUUGGGCUUCAGAUCUGAAAAUGGGGAAUGUAAAACAGUCAAACAACAACGGAGAAAAUGAUGGACAGCAGAUGGUACUUCACUCUGGUGAAUUCUUACCAAGAUUCGUGCGGCUGGAUUUUCCAGUAUUUGAUGGGGAGGACCCCCAUGCUUGGCUAUACAAGAUAAAACAAUUUUUUAUCUUCCACAACACAUUGCCUGAGCAUCGUUUGAGAUUAGUCUCAAUCCACAUGGCUGGUAAGGCUUUAAUAUGGUUUCAAGGCCUUGAUGAGUCUGGUUUGUUGGGUGAAUGGGAGGAGUUUGUCCAUGCUCUUCUCAUAUGUUUUGGCCCGUGUAGUUUGGAGGAUCCUAUGGAACCGCUCACUAGACUAAGACAGGAAGGCACAGUGGAGGAAUAUAAGUCUGCAUUUGAACUAAUUGUUAAUCGCUAUAGGCGUCUAUCUGAAAUGGAUAAACUAAGUUGUUUUAUCAGUGGACUCAAGGAUGACAUUCGUUUGACGGUAAAAAUGUUUAAUCCUACAACUUUAAUUACAGCCUAUCGUCUUGCCCGAAUCCAAGAGGAAAGAGUAAGCCUACACAAAAAGCCAAACACACGCCCUCUAUCCUUUCACUAUACUGAACCAGCACACAUCAAAUACCAACCCACACAGAACCAAACCACCAUAGAACCAAACCAUUCCUUCAACAAAGCUGUAGUUCCUGUCUAUAAAAUCAGUCCAAACCAAAUGAAAAGUAGAAGAGAAAAAGAUUUGUGUUACCACUGCGAUGCUAAGUGGCAUCCUGGCCAUCGUUGUAGUAGCCCAAAGUUGUAUUUAGUUGAGGAGGUGGUUGAAGACAGCGAAGCACUUUUAGAAGAUACUGGACAACUUUCUAAUCAGUACGAAAACAACGAGUUGUGUAAAGGGGAGACGGCCCUACACAAAACUCCUGAAAUUUCACUACACGCCAUAAUUGGUUUCAUGCACCCUAAGACCAUGAGGGUGAAAGGCAAGAUUGGGAAUCGAUGGGUGGUCAUCAUUAUUGAUUCAGGAAGUACACAUAAUUUCCUGGAUCCAGUAGUACUAUCUAGGGUGCACAUACCUUUAGUGAAUGAGGAUAAAAUCAGGGUAAAGGUAGCGAAUGGUGAGAUGGUUAAUAGUGAAGGCAAAGUGACGGGAGUGAAUGUUUCUGUUCAAGGCUCCUAUUUCUUGGUAGAUAUGUAUGUUAUGGUGUUAGCUGGGUGUGAUAUGGUACUUGGUGUGCAAUGGUUGCAAGGUUUAGGCCCAAUAUUAUGGAAUUUCAGAGAAUUGACAAUGCAAUUUACAAUCCAGCAAGCUGCUGUCCAGUUAAAAGGACUCACAGUGAACACGUGGAUUGAAGGACCCAUCCACAAGUGUAGCCAAAUGGAAAACAAGGGAAUUAUUUUGCAUUUCAUUGAACAAAUAGCCAAACACCAACCCAACCAAAUUCCAGAAAAUAUACAACAAUUACUCAACGACUAUCCCGACAUUUUUGCCACCCCAAAAGGCCUACCCCCAAACCGUUCCCAUGAUCAUGCCAUCCUUUUACAGCCAGGAACUAACCCCAUUCUGUUCGGCCCUACUGAUAUCCUUAUUUCCAAAAAGCGAGAUUGA